GGCGGCGUUUUGCGAAGCUCCUGCAGAUCCAAAAUCAAAACAACCUCAAUCUCGAGAGAAGCAAAAUUAUACACUCUCGCCUCGUACUUAGAUAAUUUCUGUUCAAUAAUUCACCUUCGGAUGUUAUGUUUUGUGGCAUCCUUCAAGCUGCUCGAACCUUCCGGGUUUAUCCAGCAGCCUCGAUCUUCAUCAAAGGCGGGUCUUCCUAUCACAACUUGCCAUCCUGCAGGCACAACCUUCAACUGCCUGCUGCUCACCUAAAGUGUUUCAAAAUAGAGCUUCGUCCGAUGGCAACAUCAACCAAAAGUACAAACAGAUUGGCCAAAGAGAAAUCGCCGUACCUCCUUCAACAUGCCCACAAUCCCGUUGAUUGGUAUCCAUGGGGAGAAGAGGCUUUCGAAGAGGCCCGAAAGCAAGACAAACUGAUCUUUCUAUCUGUCGGAUACUCAACCUGUCACUGGUGUCACGUCAUGGAACACGAAUCCUUUGAAAAUGAGGAAAUCGCCAAAAUCAUGAACGAAAAUUUCAUUAACAUCAAGGUGGAUAGGGAGGAAAGACCGGACGUCGAUAAAGUUUACAUGACGUUCGUUCAGGCAAUCAGUGGUGAUGGUGGGUGGCCGAUGAGUACCUGGCUGACUCCAGACCUAAAACCUGUCCAUGGAGGCACUUAUUUCCCUCCCGACGACCGAUACCACGGCCAGCCUGGAUUCAAAACUCUUUUGUUGUUAUUGAGUAAACAGUGGAAAGAAAACAAGCAAAAGUUUUUCGACUCUGGCUCGAAGAUCCUGGAAAUUUUGGAAAGGACCUCAAAACUGGAACUCAACGAUGGGCAAUCUCAAAUAUCCUCUGAAAGCUGGAAGAAGUGCUUGCAACAGCUUUCAAAAGCUUUUGAGCACCAGUACGGCGGCUUCAGCAAAGCGCCGAAAUUUCCUCAGCCGUCCAACUUCAAUUUUCUCUUCCAAGUUUACGCUCGAAAUCCAGAAUCUGUCGAAGGCAAAAGUGCCCUGAGCAUGUGCGUUCACACCCUGAAAAUGAUGGCCAAGGGAGGCAUUCAUGACCACAUAUCUCAGGGGUUUGCUCGAUAUUCCACUGACGAAAAGUGGCACGUCCCUCACUUUGAAAAAAUGCUUUACGAUCAAGGCCAGUUGCUAGUUUCGUUUUCGCAAGCAUAUGUGGCCACAAAAGAUGAAUUCUUCAGGGAGAUCAUCCUGGAUAUCAUCACCUAUGUCAAUCGAGACCUGAGUCAUGCGACUGGAGGAUUUUUCAGUGCAGAAGAUGCAGACUCUCUGCCUGGAUUUGAUUCUCCCAAGAAAAAAGAAGGCGCAUUUUGUGUUUGGACGAACGAAGAGGUUGAUUCACUGCUGGGCUCAAAGUCUGUCAAAGAGGGCAGUUCUGUGACCUUAUCCGAUCUUGCUUGUCAUCACUUUGAUAUACAACCAGAUGGCAAUGUUAAUCCUUAUCAGGAUCCACAUGAUGAACUAAAAAAUCAAAAUGUUUUGAUUGUGAAUGGAAGUGAGGAGGAGACGAGUGAGAAAUUCGGCUUGACUUUGGCCGAGACGAAAGCGGCGCUCAAACAAAUUCAGAGCAUCUUACACGAAGCCAGACAGAACAGGCCAAGGCCCCAUCUCGAUGAUAAGAUGGUUGCAGCAUGGAAUGGGUUGAUGCUCUCGGGUUUGAGCAAAGCGUACGAAGCGAUCUGUGAUGAGACUGUUCUGGACAGAGCAAUUAGGGCAGCUGACUUUUUGAAAGAACACAUGUACAAUGAAACAACGGGUACUCUGCUAAGGUGUUGCUACCAAGACGAAAAAGGGAACAUUUCUCAAAUAAAUGAGCCUAUUUCUGGUUUUGCUGACGACUAUGCAUUUGUGAUAAGGGGACUAAUUGACCUGUACGAAGCCAGUGGGCAGUCACGGUGGCUCACUUGGGCAAAUGAUCUGCAAGAGAAGCAGGACAAACUGUUUUGGGAUAAUGAGAAUGCAGGUUAUUUCUCGACUGCCCAGAACUCUCACAUUUUGCUGCGCCUGAAGGACGGCCAAGACGGUGCAGAACCAACUUGCAAUUCUGUUUCUGCAGCAAAUUUGAUGCGCCUCUCCGGAAUGCUGGAGAGAGACGAACUCGAAGAAAAGGCGAUCAAACUUUUAUCGGCGUUUAAAGAACGACUGGAAAAAAUUCCAGUCGCCCUUCCUGAAAUGAGUGCUUCCCUAUUUCUGCUGCAAGACUCUCCAACGCAGGUGGUUGUGACGGGUGACCCGAAAAGCGAAGGUGCUCAGAAUCUUCUUGCUGAAAUUCGGUCUCGCUUGAUACCUGGCCGGGUGCUCGGUUUUGCUGACGGCGACGAAGAUGGUAUUCUUUACCAGCGGAACGCCACAAUCAAGAAAAUGAAGGUGUCAAAAGAUGGCUCGGCGAGUGCUUAUGUGUGCCGAAAUCACACUUGCUCUCUGCCUGUCACCAAACCAGAGCAACUUCGGGGUUUAUUGGACGAGCGCCUCUCUUCAAAGUAAUUUGUCUGCAGUUGCGAAACUUAUUUAUAACUCCAAAGGACUUGAUGAGAUACCAAGCGGGCUUGGUUUAUAAAAUAAUUAUGUAUUGUUAUAGCAUUUGAUAUGCAAAAAACUCAACUUUGAUGUGGUGACUGUUUUUAUUUAUGGUUAAUUACUAGAAAUUCAAUUAUAUUAUUUUUACUGCAGCAAAUAAUAUACUCCUUAAAUAGUCCAUCUUAAAUAAAUUUGCAGUUGUAUUUACUAUUCUUGCCGCAAUCAAAGUAUCCUGAAAGUUAAGACACCUAUAAUCUAGAAUAUACAAUUUCAUGCACAAACAAACAAAUCAAAUGCCAAGUACUGAUUCAAAUGAAUGUCAUUGCUGUUUGCAAUAAAUAAUAUUGUUUUAACUUAAGAAAAUAAAAAUGUAAGUUUUCUUAUUUUACUUCAUCUUCACAACAACUUUUGUCUUCACAAACUCUAAUUAUGCUUCUUAAAGUCGGCUGAGCGUUCUCAUUAUAACUUUAUAUUAGACUAGACUAUCCACGCAUUUUACAAUUUAAUAAUUUCCUGAGGGUGAAAAACUUUUAAUUUUUAAGCUUUUAAUAGAAAUUAUUCAAGACACAUGAACAACAUUGGACAUAGCACGCGGGUUCAUAUUCUAUGCACAAAAACAAAAUAAUUUUUUUUGUAAUGACACACAAGAAGCGUUGAAGAGACACAAAUUUAAUAUCAACAAUUAU